AUGUUAGCUGGUAUUAUAUUAAUGAUAGUGUCAUUAGUGUGUGGUUUACUCUUUGUUUUUGGAUAUCCACAAUUCCAUUUUACUACAUUAAAAGUUAUUCAUGGAUUCAUUUUAGGAAUGGUUCCAGCUUUAUUUUUAAGAAGGAUAUAUGACAUAGGUAUGAGUAAAUUUGAUCAAUAUAUAUUCUUUACAAGUCUUUUAGGAGGUCUUUCUUUCAUAUCGAAUUUAGCAAGUCAAUUCAAUACAUUUAUUCUUUCUGGAACUCGAAUCACAACAACUGUAACUUUUGACAUUAUUGUUAAUAUUAUUCUUUGUUUUAUUUAUGGAUUUGGACAAUACACUGAUUCAUACAUUAAAGAAGAAGAAUAUACAUCAUUUUAUGUAGCAGAAUGGCUUUCAAUAAUUAUGUUUUUCUUUGCACUAUCUCAACGUAAACAAGGAAGUAUUAAGAUAUUGUGUUAUCAUUUUCUUCUUAUUAUUUUAAGUUCUUGUAUUAAAUUAUUCUCAUUCCAUGUAAUAUCCUUAUUACUACUACCAAUUGUCUUAUACUUAAUUACACAUUCUAUAAACAUUUCAAUUAGUUCAAUAUGCGCAUUCGUUUAUCAUUUAAUAAGACCAUAUCCAACUUCAUUAUUAGGAAUUAUCUUACCAGACACUAUUUAUUUGUUAACACUUAUUUCAUUGGUUAUAGGUUAUAAACAACGGUUAUCAGUUAUUCACUAUUUAUAUUCAUUGAUCCCAUUAGCAACAGUUUUACUACCAUACUCUUCAUCAACAAUAUUAUUAUUGUUUAUUGGUUUUGUUUAUGUUUUUAAAGAGUAUGAAUUUUCAGAGAGUAUUACCACUUUCUUCUUGUUUAUUGGAAUUCAUUUCUUCUUCUUAAGUGGACAUGCAUUCCAAUUUAGUGAUAUUCAAUUUAAUGCUGGAUUUAUUGGAAUACCAUUCUAUUCAUUCUUUGGAAAUGGAUUUUUGGUCAUUUUGAAUACAUUCUUCUUCCCUGGUAUUGUUGUAUUAGCUAUUGCAGGAAUUACACAAUCAAAAGUUAAUGGAACACUUCUUUAUACCAGAAGCUCAAUAUUGGUUAUGUUAUUCUUUAGUUAUCAACUCCUUUCUAUUAUGAUUUUUACUUACUUUGUAUCUGGACAUUUAGAAAUCUUCAGAAUUUUUACACCAAAAGUAUGUUUUGAUGCAGCAAUUACAGUUGUAGUGGAUGUCAUUGUUUUUGUUGUUUAUUUCAUUCUAAGAGAAGCAAAAAGCAAACAUUAA